CUUUGCAAUUUAAAGUGUUGUAAUCGUUUGCAAAUUAAUCGCUUACACUUGUGCAGACAUACCGGCUCUAGAAUUUUGCCUGAUCAAGUACAGUAUCGUUGUUUGCAAGUUAUGGCAAUGUCGGCAGGAGUAGCAGAGCUCACAUCUGUAUUUUCCUUGACAGUCAUUGGGCAGAAUCAGGGAGCGACAUGGCAGCAAGGGCAGGAGCUGAAGGUGUGCUCCCCUUCUGGAGCUGUUUUCAAGAAAUCUCGAGUUGCUGUGACUGCCGCUGCAUCUCAGCGAGAAUCGGCUGGAGAGAGCGCACCAAAGCUUAGCACAUUGAUGAGCACGGCUGUGGCGUUGGCUGGGGUGGCGCUUUUGGCUGGGAAUGCCGACGCUGCCAUGCAGAAGGUGGAAGGUACAGAACGCGAAACGCAAGACGCUGUGACCACAGGAAUUAGAGAGCCUUCGCGAUUCAGUGCUGCAAAGAGCAACUCAGUGCAGGAGGCUGGGAAAAUUAACUCUCAGGCUUCAGGAGGACUGAUCCUCGGAGCGCCCAGGCUUGAUGAGCCUGCUGGUGCGUACCGCUCACCCCAGGGCAGCACCUAUGGGGUUGACGAGACAGGAGGCAAGCGAUCCACUCCGGCGGGAAUCCUGCAGGGUAACUCCCCAGGGAACUCCGGCGGCUCUGAGAGCUCAGAACCUGCAGUGAUUGGUGGUGAUGCAAGGGAGUGAGCGUAAAAGCUCUUCUUAAACCGGGGAAGAUAUGCAUUCUAGCAUAGGUUUUCCAUGGUUCUAACCCGGUUGCUGAGAAGCUUUGCUGCUUGCAAUUGUAAAUUUUGUAAGAGGGUCUAACGUCACAGUCGGAUCGUGUCUACUGAUGUGACACAAUUGUAUCUUUGAACAAGAUUGAUGAAGUAAUAAGUUCUGAUCUGCUCGUUUUAGUACUUC